UUCAUCUCCUCCUCCAUCUCAUCCCUAAUUCCUCCAUCACCAUGAAGUUUGGGAAGAGUCUAAGUGCCCAGAUUGAAGAGACAUUGCCUGAAUGGAGGGACAAGUUCCUCUCCUACAAGGAACUCAAGAAGCGGUUGAAACGUAUCACCGUCGGUGACCAAUCUCGGCCAGUGAAACGGCCGAAGCUUGGAGAUGAGAACGAGCUGGCUGCCAUUGCCACAGAGGAGGAGGAGAACUUCAUAAAGCUCUUGGAAGCCGAACUGGAGAAAUUCAAUGGCUUCUUUGUGGAGAAGGAGGAGGAGUACAUCAUCCGUCAAAAGGAGUUGCAAGAUAUUGUGGCAAGGGUGGCAGGAAAGGAAACUAAAGAGGAGUUGAUGAAGGUGAGGAAGGAGAUUGUGGAUUUGCAUGGAGAGAUGGUCUUACUUGAAAAUUACAGUGCCCUGAAUUACACCGGGCUGGUGAAAAUACUGAAGAAGUAUGACAAAAGAACAGGGGCUCUAAUCAGGCUGCCUUUCAUUCAGAAAGUGUUGCAACAGCCAUUCUUUACCACUGAUUUGAUUUAUAAGCUUGUGAAAGAAUGUGAGACUAUGCUUGAACAGUUGUUUCCAAAGAAUGAACCAUGUGUAUCUGGUGAUGUUGAUGGCGUUGUUGACACAGAGAAAGGAUCUUCAUCUUUGGGGAAUGGUCAGGUUCCGGAAUUGGAGGAAAUUGAGAUCAUGGAGAGUAUGUACAUGAAGAGUACUGUGGCAGCAUUGAGAGUUUUGAAGGAGAUAAGAAGGGGGAGUUCAACUGUUAGUGUAUUUUCUUUGCCUCCUCUGCAGAGUAGUGGGUUGGAGAAAAGAUGGGAUAGUAAUAUUCCUAUGCUGGAACAGAUUGCCAAGUGAUUCUUGAAGAUACAGGUGGAACAAGAUUCAUACAUACAGCAUAGUUAAUUUCUUGUUACGGUUUGUUUGGUGGAUCUGGCAAUAUAUCUAUACUUAUAUUUUUUUUAGCUUUACUGCCACUUGUUUUACAACUUAUAUCAAUUCAGUUUGCUAACAAAGAUUUACCGCGUCUUUCUUCCAAU